AAUAGGUUGUAUUAGGUAAGAUAGGUAAACAUGCCGUUGUCGGAAAUUGUGAGUGGAUUAUCAACGAAUCCAUAUUUUGGAGCUGGCUUCGGUCUAUUCGGCAUAGGCGCUGGGGCUGCAAUUUUACGGAAAGGCGCCCAAGGUGCUUUAGUUCUAUUCCGGCGACAUAUGAUGAUCACAUUGGAGGUGCCAUGCCGUGAUAAGUCAUAUCAAUGGCUGUUGCAAUGGAUUACCGUAAGAGGAGCAAAGGAAACGCAACAUCUGAGCGUGGAGACUUCUUUCAUACAAAAAGAAACUGGCCAAAUACGCACAAAGUAUGAUUUUAUUCCUAGUAUUGGGAAACAUUUAAUGCGCUACAAAGGCAUUUGGAUUCAGGUGGAGCGAACGCGGGAGCAACAAACGUUGGACUUACAUAUGGGUGUGCCUUGGGAGAGUGUUACAUUAACAGCAUUUGGUCGUAAUAAACAAUUGUAUUUCGAUAUCUUGGAGGAAGCACGCAUGCUGGCACUGGAAGCUACCGAAGGAAAAACUCUGAUGUACACAGCUAUGGGUUCAGAAUGGCGGCAAUUUGGGCACCCGCGUCGCAGACGUCCGCUCUCAUCUGUUGUACUCGAGAAAGGUGUUGCGGAGCGAAUCGUUACAGAUUGUAAAGAAUUUAUAGGCAACUCUCAGUGGUAUAUUGAUCGUGGUAUACCUUAUCGUCGAGGCUAUUUGCUGUACGGACCACCGGGUUGUGGAAAAUCCAGCUUUAUCACUGCUCUAGCGGGAGAACUGGAAUAUGGUAUUUGUUUACUCAAUUUGUCCGAACGUGGUCUAACCGAUGACAGGCUAAACCAUCUAUUAAACGUCGCACCCGAACAAUCUAUUAUACUAUUGGAGGAUGUAGAUGCCGCUUUUACAUCGCGCGAAGACGUCAAGAAACAGGCGGCAGCUUUCGAAGGACUUAAUCGUAUAACUUUUAGCGGUUUACUCAACUGUCUAGAUGGUGUUGCCUCAACAGAAGCACGAAUUGUUUUCAUGACAACAAAUUACUUGGAUCGUUUAGAUCCUGCACUGAUACGACCCGGUCGUGUUGAUGUUAAGGAAUACGUUGGCUAUUGCGAUGCACAUCAGCUAGAGGAAAUGUUUCUACGCUUCUAUGGCAGACAAGAAAAAUUUCCACAAAAAGUAGCGAAAGAGUUUGCACAAUGUGUGUUGGCUGAUGGUCGAAAUGCAAGUCCUGCACAAGUACAGGGCUAUUUCAUGCGUCAUAAGACUGCCACAUCGACGAAGGUGCUCGAACAUACCGCUGAAAUAUGGGAGGGUAGCUUGUCUACAGCAUUACCAAAAGAACCACUUGCGGUGCAAGCAAACGCUGCGUAGUUAAUAAUUAAUUACUCGCAAUAUGAAACAAAUAUACCAUUGUAGAGUGCGUAUUUACAUAUGUAUGUAUGUUUUUAAAUUAGUAACUUAAAAUUACUUCCGUUAAUUUAUUAAUAAAAAUAACUAAUUUCAGUUUUUACGCAUAAAACGUUA